CCCGUCAGGCAGCACUUUCCAAGCCUUGACAUUGCGAAGAUGGAGGCUGUUAUGGUCUAGAGCAGGAUAACGAAAAGCAAUUCGCCAGUUUCCGAGCUCUGUUAUGACAACAUUUCCAACGUGUCCAGGUGGAGGCAGGAGGUGUGAGUAGAGUACCCCUGACAUCAGCAGCAUGUACUCAGAGUGGCGCUCCCUUCAGCUGGUGGUGCAAAGUGACCAGAGCAACCUCAGCGUUCUGCACACCUACCCCCCCACUGUGGGCACGGAGGUGGCCAAUGCUGUGGUCAAGCCCCUGGGCACAGCUGUAAGCCCUGUAGCCACUGACAACAUACUCAAGACUGACAAGGAGGUGAAAUGGACCAUGGAGGUACUCUGUUAUGGCCUCACCCUGCCUUUAGAGGGUGACACGGUCAAACUAUGCGUGGACGUGUACACAGACUGGAUGAUGGCCCUGGUCUCUCCCAGAGACUCUAUGCCCCAGCCUGUAAUCAAAGAGCCCAAUAUGUACGUCCAGCUCAUCCUCAAACAUCUCUACAAUGUCUUUGUACCAAGACCUGACCAACACAGUCUAAACCACAUCAGACUGUGCCAGCAGGUCCUAACUGCAGUCCAAAAACUGGCCCGCGAGUCUGUUUCCAUGGUGAGGGAAACAUGGGAGGUACUGCUUCUCUUUCUGCUGCGCAUCAAUGACACAUUACUUGCACCACCCACUGUUGGAGUUGGUGUGGCUGAAAAACUGGCAGAAAAACUCAUGGCAGUGCUGUUUGAGGUGUGGCUGUUGGCAUGUGCCCGCUGCUUCCCCACACCGCCAUAUUGGAAGACGGCAAGAGAGAUGCUAGCCAACUGGAGACAUCACCCCCCUGUGGUAGAGCAGUGGAGCAGGGUGGCCUGUGCUCUUACCUCCAGACUUUUGAGGUUUACGCACGGACCAGCAUUCCCACCAUUCAAAGUGCCCGAUGAAGAUGCUAACCUGAUUCCAAUAGAGAUGGACGAUGACUGUGUGGCCCAGACAUGGUACCGCUUCCUUCACAUGCUCAGCAACCCAGUGGAUUUAAGUAACCCAGCCAUUGUGAGCACUACUCCAAAGUUUCAAGAACAGUUCCUGAACUCCAGUGGGCUUCCUCAUGAAGUAGUACUACAUCCAUGUCUAAAACAGCUUCCCCAGAUCUUCUUCAGGGCUAUGAGGGGUGUCAGCUGCUUAGUGGAUGCAUUCUUGGGUGUCUCUGUUGCAAAGAAAGUCGUACGGGAGAGGGUGUUCACUUUCUCUCCACGGCUGCACUCCCAUGGUAUAUCACGACCCAGGGCUGACAGUGCCCCGCCCACCCCAGUCAACAGAAUGAGUAUGUCUCCGCCCCCUUCAAUUACCAACACCACUCCCCCUCACAGUCGCAAGCAACGUGCAGUGGUCACCAAAACGACAAGCAAGAGCUCAACUGCAAGUGGAACUCAACCAACCAAAGCAUCCCAACAGCAGCAGCAACAACAACAGCCCUCCUCUUCACCUACACUACUGUCCAGUCCAAACCAGACCAGCUGGGAGUCCCGGCCUCUUCCUGCCCCGGCCCGACCAAAAGUCAACAGCAUCCUCAACCUUUUUGGUCAAUGGCUGUUCGACGCUGCUCUGGUGCACUGUAAGCUCCACAGCGGGCUGAGCAGAGACCCUAGUAUGACCGCAAUAGCCACACAAGUAGGUCUGGAGCUGAGGAGGAAGGGCUCCCAAAUGUCCACCGAGUCCAUGGUGGCCAACCCACUAUUUGAUGCCAAUGAGUUCCCAGAGAGCUACGAGGCUGGUCGUGCUGAAGCCUGUGGUACACUCUGCCGCAUUUUCUGUAGCAAGAAAACCGGAGAGGACAUUUUACCAGUUUAUCUCUCCAGAUUCUAUAUGGUUCUCAUUCAAGGACUCCAGAUAUCUGACUUCAUCUGCAGACCAGUACUAGCCUCAAUUAUUCUGAACUCAUCCUCUCUCUUCUGCUCUGACCUGAAGGGCAUCAAUGUGGUGGUGCCCUACUUCAUAGCUGCUCUUGAGACUAUUGUGCCAGACAGGGAGCUCUCCAAGUUUAAGAUGUAUGUAAAUCCUACUGAUCUGAGGAGAGCAUCCAUUAAUAUCUUACUCGCCAUGUUGCCAUUACCACACCACUUUGGGAACAUAAAAUCAGAGGUUUUAUUGGAGGGGAAGUUCAAUGAGGAGGAUGUGUGGCCUCAUGACCAGCCGGUGUCUUUUCUGUCCUUACGGCUCCGUCUAGUUAAUGUCCUCAUAGGGGCCCUGCAAACAGAAACUGACCCCACCAACACACAGCUCAUCCUGGGUGCAAUGCUGAAUAUUGUCCAGGACUCUGCUUUACUUGAGUCCAUUGGUGCACAAACUGAAACAGGGAGCAUAGAUGGCAGCCAUGUGACUGUAAGAAGCCAGAGCCACAGCCGCACCAACAGUGGUAUCAGUUUUAACAGUGGGGGCAGCACUGAGGCAACCAGUCCCGACACUGAGCGGCCAGCACAAGCUUUACUGCGUGAUUAUGCUCUUGCAGAUACGGCAGCAGGCCUGCUGGUGCGCAGCAUCCACCUCGUCACCCAGAGACUAAACUCCCAAUGGAAGCAAGACAUGAGUAUAUCACUUGCAGCUCUGGAACUGCUGGCUGGGCUCGCCAAGGUGAAGGUGGGAGUAGACUCUGCCGACCGAAAGCGAGCCAUCAGUUCCAUAUGCACAUAUAUUGUCUAUCAAUGUAGCCGUCCUGCUCCUCUUCAGUCCAGAGACCUCCACUCCAUGAUUGUCGCUGCCUUCCAGUUUCUGUGUGUGUGGCUCACAGAACAUCCAGACAUGUUGGAUGAGAAGGACUGUUUGAUGGAAGUUUUGGAUAUUGUGGAGCUUGGUAUCUCUGGCAGCAAAUCCCGACAGGAAAAUGAAGUUAGGCAUAAAGGGGAUAAAGAACACAACCCAGCCUCAAUGAGGGUGAAAGAUGCUGCUGAAGCCACAUUAUCCUGUAUCAUGCAGGUGCUGGGGGCCUUCCCCUCUCCCAGCGGGCCUGCCUCCACCUGCAGUUUGUUGAAUGAAGAAACUCUCAUUCGCUAUGCCAGACUGAGUGCCACUGGAGCCAGCAACUUCCGCUACUUUGUCCUGGACAACUCUGUUAUCCUGGCCAUGCUGGAGCAGCCUCUUGGGAAUGAGCAGAAUCCUAGUCCUUCAGUGACUGUGUUGAUCCGAGGCACUGCUGGUAGACAUGCCUGGACCAUGCAGCUAUUUCAUCAGCCUAGAGGGGCACGGGCCAAUCAGAGGCAGGCGUUUGCUCCAGAGGGCCGUCCAACCCCCAACAAUGGUGUGGGCAUUAAGUACAAUGUCAAACAGAGGCCAUUCCCUGAAGAGGUGGAUAAGAUUCCCCUGGUCAAAGCCGAUGUCAGUAUUCCUGAUUUGGACGAUAUUGUCAGUAAAGAGCUCGAGGUUCAGCUCGACAAGCUGCGUAUACUGAUGACCAAGCAGAUAGAAUAUGAAAAUGCCUUGGAGCGACACAGUGAGGAGGUGUGGAAGUCCAAGCCUUUCCCUGACCCUCAGACGGAUUGCAAACCCCCUCCGCCUGCGCAGGAGUUCCAAACCGCACGCCUUUUCCUCUCUCAUUUUGGCUUCCUAUCUCUGGAGGCACUGAAGGAGCCAAACAACAGCCGUCUACCUCCUCACCUGAUUGGCCUGGACUCCUCAUUAUCAGGGUUUUUCGAGGACAUCAGUUACCUGGACCUGCUGCCGUGUCGACCUUUUGACACUGUUUUUAUUUUCUAUGUGAGAGCUGGACAAAAAAGCAGCCAUGAGAUUCUAAAGAAUGUCGAAUCAUCUGCAAGUGUUCAGCCUCACUUUUUGGAGUUCCUACUAUCCUUGGGCUGGCCUGUGGACGUAGGACGCCAUCCAGGGUGGACUGGACAUUUAGACACUAGCUGGUCUCUCAAUUCCUGUUUAGACAGCAAUGAUGUGCAGCAGACAGAAGAUACCACCCCCCCUGAAGACACAGGAGGUUCAGUGUUCAAUGGAGAGAAGAAAGUUCUCUACUAUGCUGAUGCCCUGACAGAAAUAGCCUUUGUUGUCCCAUCUUUUACUGAACAUUCUGAAGAGUCAUCUGUACACAGUGACUCCACAGUGGAAGGAGACACCAACUCGGAUCUAAUGCCAGGAUUAAUGAAGCAACCCAAUCUCACACUGGAGCUGUUCCCUAACCAUUCAGAAAACCUUGAGUCGGUUAAAAAGCUAAGCCCUCUGGUCAAAACAAAAAGGUCAUCAACUGGAAAGUCAUUUCCAGCUUUGGGACCUGAAACAAAGGUUUUUGUUGUGUGGGUGGAGCGCUUUGAUGAUAUUGAAAAUUUCCCGCUGACUGAUCUUUUGUCAGAGACGAGUACAGGUUUGGAAGCCAGUAUGAGCAACAGCACUUCCUGCAGGUCAGGUUUAUUAGAGAAGGAUGUUCCGCUGAUUUUCAUCCACCCCCUCAAGACUGGACUCUUCAGGAUUAGGCUGCAUGGGGCUGUGGGCAAAUUUGGCAUGGUUAUUCCCCUGGUGGAUGGCAUGGUGGUCAGCCGCCGGGCUUUAGGUUUUCUUGUACGUCAGACGGUAAUUAACGUGUGUCGGCGAAAGCGCUUGGAAAGUGACUUGUACAACCCUCCUCAUGUGAGACGUAAGCAGAAGAUUACAGAGAUUGUCCAGCGUUAUCGCAACAAGCAGCUAGAGCCCGAGUUCUACACCUCACUGUUCUAUGAGGUUGGAGAGGGAUGGCCUCAUCUAUAACUCCACCCGCUUGCCCUGUCUUGACACUGGCAAACAAACGCACACAACACACAACUCUGAUUCCCACACAUCAUUUUCCCAUCUCACACACAAGAAUCUUUAUAUUUAUAUUGUACUAUUUUGUUAUUUAUAUGAAUACAUAUAUCAACACUGUCUGCCUUGUCUACGAAAGCAAAAUGUCAAAAAUGCCAAGGUGGAGAAAAAACUACAUUAGUAUGUUGCAGCUGACGAUUGAAAAUUUGAAUGGCGGAAGUUCAUUGACUGUGCUUGUUAGAUUUUUGCUCUAAAAGAGUUUGGCUUGUCUUCAACUGCAAUAUGAUAGUUCCCUUUUUGGCCUCGGAACAGUUUUCCCUUGUAAUUCAAGUUUUAGUAAUGUCCAAAUCUAGAUCUAGUAAAGUGGGUAUAUGGCUAUAUACAUUGUCAAAUAUGUGGGCUUUUUCAAAUUUACCAACAAGUAUCGGACAGUUUGAUGCAAUUACAGAACAUUUCAGUCUCCAGCUAAAGUCUUCCUUGUAUGAACACAUUUGGCCAUAGUCGCAGCACUGAGCAACUAAUAGUAUUGCUGCUCUAUAUUUGUGUUCUUUUAUUAUUGUACUGUCAAUAUGGCAUCAACACUGUCUCUGUGCCUGUCUGAUUGUCAACAUCUCACCCCAUCUACUGCACAGUACCAUAGAUUAUGGAAGUACAUGUGUUAAAAGUACCACAACCGGGUAGGGUUCUGUCUGUAUUUCACACUACAUGUUACAAUGAGAUGCUGUGACUCCUGGCUCGUGUUUAGCAUUUAGAGUGCUAAACACAAGCACACGAUUUAUUUUUUUUUGUUGUAAAUUAAUUUCUAUGAAGAUAUUUUGCGUACAAUAGCAUCCAUUAUUUCAGUAACAGCUGGUUCAAUAAAAAGGUUUCUGAAAAUAUCAAAAUAAAUUCAUAGCACAUAAUAACUAAAAUACUCAGCCUGACCAAUACAAACUGCAUUAUACUAAACAAAAGGGUUUUCGCCCCAGGAUAGGACAUGUGUAUGAGUUCAAACACUAAAGUACAUUUUGCCUUUUGUGCUAUGCGUUGGUCACUGCUUCACUUGCGUUUACUCACUGUACUCUUGAUUCAAGCCCACUGUCUGCCCUUAACAAUGUGAACUUAUUUAUCACAGCAACGGAAGAGGGCAAACACCUCUAGUUUCUUUGUUAUAUUGGAAAAGUCUUAAUGCACUGAGCACAUUUUAUUUUCUAUUCCCUUUGGUUACUUUACUUGUCUUUUUGUACUUAAACCCUGCUGAAGGAAGAGUUUUAUCUUAUGAGCUAUAAAUGAAGAGGCAUUGUCGAGUUUUUAACCUGUCAUGUCUAAUUGUGUGACUCACUUUUUAUGACUGUGCUUUAUGCACAUGCCUUUUUGGAAGGAAAGUAGAUAAAAUAUGCUUAAAGAACUACAUACAAUCAGUCAUACAUUGUAUCUUAUGUUACUCCAUUCAUGUUUGAUCAUAUUUAAGGAUUUGCCAUGUACAUAAGUGGAGGAUAAUAUGUAAAUAUAUGAUGUAAGGCAUUUAACAGUUGUUGCAUUCCUCCAAAAUGGCAAGAAACCUUGUAUGUAUGCUGUUAUGUGUGCAGGAAGAUCACCAUGGUUUUGAAUGUAACAUGCAUCAAUUAAAACUACUAUUGAAAUUUUA